UCCAUCUGCAGCAAUAUACAAUAUGCUCUACUACGCUCUCUCAGGAAUUGCAGGUGCUUCAAGGAUGCCACUCGCCCAGUACGCUGGUCGUAUUCCCACCGUGGGGCCGAAGAGGGCCUUGCACAGCUCGCCGCCGCGACUAGAAUUCCACUUUGAUACACAUCACUUCGUGCAGCGGCUUGAGAGGGAAGGUCUCAACCGCAAACAGGCGGAGGGCAUCAUGACCGCGAUGGCCGAGGUCAUCGACGAGAGUAUACGGAAUAUGACGAGCAAUAUGGUCACGAAGGCGGACCAGGAGAAGCAUCAUUAUACCCAGCAAGUUGACUUUGCGCAGCUCAAGUCGGAGCUGCAGCUCAUGGAGAAGAACGAUCUCGCAAUGCUCAAGGCCGAGAACGACAGGCUUGUUACGGAUAUCGAGAAGCUCAAGCAGAGGCUAAGGGAGGAGAUCACGCGAACGCAGGCUGGAGUGCGGCUCGACCUAAACUUGGAGAAAGGCCGCAUGCGCGAGCAGAGCAGUGGUCAGGAACUCAAGAUCAAGGAGGUCGAUACGCGGAUUGAACAGGAGAUUGCUGCUCUGCGUACAUCGAUCCAAUCUUCCAAGGCAACAACCUUGCAAUAUCUUGUCGGUUUCGUUACCGGUUGUUCUGCUUUGCUCAUGGCAUACCUUCGUUUCCGUGUGUGAGUGCGGAUAUAAGUGGAGAAGGGAUUCGAGGAGCUGUUUGGAGUGGAGAUGAACAAAUGGUCUUGUG